ACCUACACCAAUUCUCAUGGCCGACUAGCUCUCACAAGUUGCCAACCGCCAAGGAUGUUCUCUCCACACACAUCACCAGCGCCGGCAACCCUGCUUUCACACCACAUUAUUUCUUUUUUAACUUUUGCUUCCCCAAAUUGUUGGUAUCAAUUCUCAUAUUCAUCUACUUUACACCUUUAUCCUACACAACAAAAUAGAAUUCAGAAUCUAAGGAAAAAGAAACUAGCGAAAACGAAUUUUUCAAACCGCUUAUAAUUCAAAUAUUAAUUAUUAUUGUUACUAGCUACUUUGUUUCGUGCAAAAGAAGUUCUCCACUUCUUCAUUUAUUCACCGACUGACUCUUCAAUGGCGGCUGCGAACAAUCCAUUUGAACCUUUCCAUCUUUAGCAUAUAUAUAUGAACAAUUUAUGAGGUUAUUGGAGAUGCUUCUUGAAGGGUACUUAUUUGCAUGCAGCAAAAAGCAGAGAAGAGCUAAUUGAACCAGCUUUGAAUUGAUUGCAUUUACAUUUUGUUAAAGGUGGCGAAUUCUACAGACAAGGUUGACCGCCACAAAGAAGAGGCACAAAUCCCUUCUGCAUUGUCAACGCAGAUGAUGUUCCCGGGUUUGAACAGGGAGAGGGAGAUGUCUGCCAUGGUUUCAGCUUUGACCCAUGUUGUCUCUGGAGAUGUUCCAAGCGGUGAUUACACGAUUCCUCAUGAUUUUGGAGGAGGAAGUGUUAGACAAAACUUGCCUUCUUAUUCUUCAGCUGCACCCUCUUUACCUUCUUCAUCUGAUUAUGUUGCUAGUUCUUCUCUCAAGAGGAGUAGGGAAGAUGAUAGAUCAUCCUUCAUUGAAUUCUCACAUGGUGCUUCUUCCCCGGCUUUGCCAGCAUCAACAUAUGCUAUGGAAUUCACAGUUACAGAAAGCUCAAGCAACAGGAGCAGUAGCAGCAAUACAACAAGAGUAACAGGGGAAAUAGGAAACGCUGUAUACGAAUACAGAGCAACACCAACAGAGAACGUGACCAGAGAGGACCAAGGAAGAAGAAAAUACAGAGGAGUGAGACAGAGACCAUGGGGAAAAUGGGCUGCAGAGAUAAGAGACCCAUUCAAAGCAACCAGGGUGUGGCUUGGAACAUUCGAAACCGCCGAGGCCGCCGCCAGAGCCUACGACGAAGCUGCCCUGCGUUUCAGAGGCAACAAGGCCAAACUCAACUUCCCUGAAAAUGUCACUCUCCGGCAACAACUUCCGGCGACCCAAUGGGGCGGCAACACCGUCGUGUCAAUUCCCACGUCAACUGAUCCGAUUGUUCAUACGGAAGCUCUUCCACAUUCUCAGCCUUUAAGCAACUUGUAUUUCUUCCCACAAAGGAGUCUGUAUGAUAAUCAGAAUCAGAAUAUUAUGACAACAACAUCAACAAGGGCUUCUCAUCUUCAAUCUUCGUCUUCACCGCCGCCACCGCGGGCUUCUUCUUCUUCUUCUUCCUCUGCCUCUUCUGCUUUUGGUUCCUCUGUGGCUUCUACGCAGGCUACUUCAUUUUCUUCUUUGUAUUCUAACCAGUUGCAGCAGCCAUGGUCAGCUUCUGGUCAUAGCUCUUCUUCCUCCGGCUGAUACAAUUCUAUCAAUUUUGUUUUGUAAUUCUCUUCUUUUAUAACAUUUUUUCUUCUUCUUUUCAUAACACCAUUAUAUCCCCAUCUUGCUUAUCAAUCCAUUCUUGAUACACAUGAUUUUUGAUGAUGAUGAUGUCUCAAGAUAAGUAAAUUGUAUUUGCUAAAUUCUCAUUUUUUAUGCUAGAAAAUUUAGGUUUGGAACCACAUGUAACAA